AUGUCACGCCAUACGCGCUAUGAACGAAAAAGAAAGUGUGCAAAGUGUAACAUCACUGCCACAGAAGAUGGAAACUUGAGUUUCCACAGAUUUCCUCUACCUGGUAGACAUACAUUUUUAAAUGCGAGGAUAAGAUUGCACAAUUUUGCCAUCCCAACUGGGACACAGGAUUUAAUGGUAAAGAUUCGCCAGGAACAAUGUGCAACUGCAAGUGAAAGUAAACAAGAUACAAAUAUCUCAGUUGAAAAACCUCAAGUGCUAGUGUUGGAACCUUCAUUACCUGUUCAGGUGCCAACCACAGCCAACCCAACUACAUCUUUACCUGUUCAAGUGCCAACCAUAUGUGAACCAACUACUGAUAGCUUGAAGAUGCCAAGGACUAAAGGGAUUUUGAAGGAGCUAGAUUUAAGCAAGUCAUUGGAAUUGACCCCUAAGAAACUUAAACUGUAUAAAAGAUGUAGGAGAAAUUUGAGCGAAAUAAUGAGACUUAGAAAAAAAAUUAAGAAACAACCACGUGCCCUCUUCAAAACAUUAACUACAAAUAGUAAUGUCCAAAGUCUCAUGGACAAAAAUAUAUCAGGGCCAUUUGCUUUAUUGUUGCAAAGUCAACUGCAAAAUACUCCCAGAAAACUAACUGGUCGGAGGUGGAGUAUAGAUGACAAAGUUAUGGCUUUAAGCAUCUAUAAAAGGUCUACUGGCUGCUAUAGACUGCUGAGGCGACUUUUUUGUCUACCAAGUGAAGGUACAUUAAAAGCAUUGCUGAAUAGAAUUCCGAUGAAAUGCGGUAUAAAUAGCCAAAUAUUCAAAACAAUUAAAGAUAUAACUAAAAAUCGAGAACCAGAAGAAAAUCUGUGCAUUUUGGCAUUUGACGAAAUGUCAAUACGAAAACAUUUGCAAUAUAAUAGUAAACAAGAUGUAAUUGAUGGUUAUCAAGAUCAUGGAAAUCAAGGCAGAACUAUGGAGCCAGCCACACAUGCAUUGCUUUUUAUGGCUAUUGGAAUCCGAAAAAAGUGGAAGCAGCCUUUAGCUUUCUACUUUUCUGGUGACUGUGUUACGGCUGAUAGAUUAUCUGUUCUUAUAAAAGAACCAUUCAGUUGCUGCAGGAAUGCUUGCAAAGAUUGCGAACAAUGA